AUGGAACAAGUGCGCGAAUCAGAAACCUCUUUUGGACAUCAAACGUCUUUGGUUAUCUGGCUUCACCACGCCCUUCUAACCCCAACCAGAGUUCUUGUCAGUGAUUCUCUUGUGGGAGAUGAACUCGACUUUACCGCACCUGAGUUUUGGAAAUGGUACAACUCUUUUGACUCCAAAGGUAUACCAAAAAGGAAGGUCUACGGCUGCACCAGGUAUACGUACAACUCGUCGACCGGCUCAAUUCGUUUUCCAACAUGCCCCAUCGCGGAUGAUCCGAUUGCUGUCAUCUCUGCUGGAGUUUCCGCUGCGCAGGAGUCUUUCGGGGUUCACAAUGCCUCUGUCCGAGUCGUGGAAAGUUUGUUCAAGGGGUCAACAGGCGGUGUGCUCCCGCUUGGAUUUGGGGGCAUCUCAGCCUUCAGCAAUGUCAAAUUCAAGUCCUGGGACUCAUCCAUGGCAAACCGGUCCCAACAAUUCAACUACUCCCUCAUACAGCAGGGUCUCUCGGCCGACGUGACCUGCCAGGAGACUCCAAACACCCCCAUCCAGACCCAACUUCUGAAGUCGAUGGAGUAG